AUGCAUAUCUCACGCCAAUUCCAAUCCCUGACAUGGGCCGCGCUGGCAGUGUCCUCCACCCAGGCAAUAUCCAUCAUAGACAACCUCAGUUUCGGCCACAAAGAGGUCAUCUCGCAGGACCGCAAUUCCAUCCCGGGCUGGACCGUUUCCGGCGAAGGCCAUGACCCGCAGAUUCUCUCUGACCGUGUCAUCCUGACGCCACCAUAUCCAGGGAGCAAGCGCGGUCAGAUAUGGGCUCAGAGCCCUGUUGACAAGAGCGAAUUCGUUGCGGACGUCGAGUUCAGAGCCUCGGGCCAGGACAGAGGCAACGGAAACCUACAGAUCUGGCUGACCAACGGCGGAACACCGGCGGGAGGCAUCAGCAGCAUCUACACAGCAAGUCCCUUUGACGGGUUGGUGCUGAGCAUCGACCAGUACGGCGGACAUGGCGGCGAGAUUCGAGGGUUCCUGAACGACGGCACGAAAUCCUUCAAGGACCACCACAACGUGGAUUCUUUGGCAUUCGGCCACUGCCCGUAUCCCUUCCGCAACCGUGGCAUCCCGUCCCACCUGAGAAUCACUCAGACCGCCAACAACUUUGCGGUGGAGGUGGAUGACAAAACAUGCUUCUCGACCAACAAGGUGAACAUCCCCGCAGGCUACAAAUUCGGUAUCUCCGCUGCUUCGGCGGAGAACCCGGAUUCCUUCGAGAUCUUCAAGUUCACUGUCUCCACUGCGGAUGGGGCUACUCCGCCUCCGCCGCCGGCCGAACAGCAGCAGCAGCAACAACAACAACAGCAGCAGCAGCAGCAACAGCAACAGCAACAGCAACAACAACAGCAGCAGCAGCCGAUCCAACAACAGCAACAGCCCGCUGCUGGCUCGAUCUCACAGGAUCAGUUUAAUGCUCUCAACAGCCGUGUAGAAGGGAUCAACAAGCGCGUUGAUGGAAUUUACAGCCUUCUCCAAGAACUGAAGGCCAGGCACGAGCAGACUCACAACGAGCUGCUAGCGUUCAACAAGGGUGGACCUAUCUACGACCACGUCGGGGCUGUUGAGUCCAAGGUGGGCAAGAUUGAGGGCAUGUUGAUUGCCGUGCAGAAGGAUCUGGAAGGAAAGGACUACCGCGACCACCUCGCGAAGCUGCAGAGCACGUUGAGGGACACCCACGCCGGAUUGCAGGACUCGUUCUCUGAUGUGGUGACGAGGCACGCGCCCCAGAUGUGGACAUUUGUUUUCUUGAUUGUCAUCGCGCAAGUGCUGAUGUUUGGCGGGUAUUUGGUGUACAAGCGGCGGCGGGACAGUGCGCCGAAGAAGUACCUGUGA